GCCAGCCCCCUCCACCAGCUCUCUAGGACCUGUGCUGUGGGUGAGGCUGUAUCCAAGCAUAGACACGUGGGUUCUGAGGGGGAAUAAGGUGGAGGUCCUGCACGCGGCCUCAUGGGGGAGACCCCAGAUGUGAAGAAAGCACGUUCUAAGUGGAGGGAAACCUUGAAGGGAGUGGGGCCCAGGGCCUGAGAAAGGAAGCCUGUGUUGAGAGGAACAAGGCCGAGCUCAGAUGCCUUCUGAUGCGCUGCCUCUGGUCAGCUGUUCUGGAGGCACAGUGUCGAGACCCCAGAAAGGGCUUUCUUUAGUCUAAAUGGAAAGCAUCCCAGUCGGGCUCAGCAUCUGCCAAAUCUGGUGUUGUCAGAGCCAAGGCCAAGUCAUCAACACUUAUACUUAUUAAGCUAUAUUUUUAAAAGUAUCCUUUUAUUGGUGAAAUAACAAGUUGGAAAUAGAAGUUGUUCUGAAUUAUUUUCAUUCAUGUAUGUUCUUCUCUCUGAUAAAUCUGUAUCUCCUCACAGUUGUUAGCAUAAUGCCUUGAAAUAGUUGGUGCUUGCAGAUGCCUCCCCACCUUCCCUGGGCAUCAUGGUUGGGGAUGGGGCAACAUGUGGGAGAGUGAGAUAAGAAGCAGCUCUCAGCCCAGAUUCUUUCGUGGGCUGAGAUUUUGGAUUAUUUUUCCACUUUCUGGCUCAGAGCCAGCAUGACUGUCUUGCCCUCAUCCUUGGCCAAAGGAUUUGCAGAGUAUAGGUUGUUCAUGUCUUUGCAGCCUUCUCUGCCUUUCUCUUUGGAGACAUGGCUUUGUCAGUCACCUCUGGGGUACUCAGACAGUGUGGACAGGUGCUGCAGUCUCAGUUGGGUUAGGAAACACUGAACCUCUUUCAUACUUUUUAUGAUGACUCUGUAUUUUCAGUGUUUCUCUGAGAAGGAGAGGGCUGUUUCUGGCCAGCGUAGAGGAGGUCCUCGCUCCCUCAAGAGCCUCGUGAGAUGACUGGUCAGGGCGAGGCGGCAGCACCAGAGGCUCGUCUGCACAUUUCCCACAGUCCUCCCUUUGGCUCACUUUAUGGCCGUCCUGGGCAGGUUGCAGUCCGGACAUUGCUGUCACUUUCUCUCCAUCACAUACAUCAGAAUUGGUGGGCAAACGUGGGCUCCGUGUAGCUCAUUAUAAACACUGUGCUUCUGUGUCAGAGUCUGUCUUUCCAGAUGGAGAGACCAGUUCAGGGGAGGGACCUAGAGUGUCAGCCUUGGAAGCAACCUUCCAUUGAGUCCGCCCCUCUUCCUAGACAGCAGUCGCCUUUGCAGUCUCUCCGACACGCGGUCAGCCAGCACCACUUACGUACCCCCGUGGCUAGGAGCUCUGCUCUGUGAAGCAGCUUUUCCCACUGUGGGACAGCUUCAACCUUUCUCCUUCCUUAAGGUUGAACUUAAACUUUUCGUCUUCUGCCAUCCCCGCUCUGGUUCCAGUUUGACAUCCUUCCUGGGGCUCACUUGUUUAUUGUCCUUCCGGGAGUCAGAAAGAUGUCUUGAGAGAAUACGACACAGCAGGAAAAAUGUAGGCUCUAGGAUCUGUCUGCUGUGGUUUGCACCUGGUUCACACUUGCCAGCUGUGUGACCCUGUUUAUAAUCCUUAACCUCUCUGAGCCUCAAUGUACCCAUCUGUAAAAUGUGGGUAGUGAUGCUACCUACCUCCCAGGGUUGUUGAGAGGGUUAAACAAAGUAACACAUGUAAAAAGCUUAGAACAGUGCCUGGCAACUAUAAGCCUCUCAGUGCAUGGUAACUUUCCAUCUUCUCUUAAAGUGAGCUGUCUAGAAUUGGACGCAAUACUCCAGAUCUGAUCCACUCAGCAGGACUCCGAUGCCCUCCACUUAAUCUAUUUCUAUUAUGUCAGACUAAGUUUGCACAUCUCUGGUGUUUAAAUGGAGCCUGCUGUACUGAAGUCCUCAGGUCUUUUGCCCAUGGACAGCUAUUGGGUACAGAUCUCCUGUCUCCUACGUAAAAGGUGUGGUCUCCUUUGGAGGGAAGGUCAGAGUCAAGGGCAGCCCGGAGCAUCCCUCACACUGGUCCAAACACACUCCUCAUUGCUGCAGUCUGGUCCUUUUACAGUGCCAUUCAGCAUCUGGUGUUCUAUUUGGAAAAUCCCUUGACCCACACUGGCCUAAGAUAAAAUCCCCUCCCCAUGGGUCUCUUCUCUUUCGCUCUGCUCAUCAUGCCAGCUGAGCAGGUGCUGUUGGGACCUUCCUAACCUCCAAACCCUGCUCCUCCGCUUCUCACGGUUCGCAGGCUGUAGGGAACGGGACACAGGGCCCCAAGCAUAUUCCAAGGACCUGGUUUCACAGGGAAGCCCCCGAGGACGUCUCAAUCUUUCCUCUUCAUGGGGCAGCAGCAUCUGUAUCACCUGGAAGCUUGUUAGAAAUGCAGAAUCGCAGGCCUCACUCCCGACCUACUGACUCCGAGUCUGUGUUUUGACCAGAUUUGCUGGUGACUCACGUACGUUACAGUUUAAGACGUGCUGUUCCACGUGUUCAAUUUGGGGUAGGAAUGAGGUUGAGCGGGAGCAUCCUGUCUUCCAAGAUCUUGAAAUCAGUCCUACUGACGAGGCUGCUGGGGACAAACAUAAAAGUAUCUCCAGGAUAUUUGAUCACUGACUCUCCACGUGCCCCCGUUUGCUUCUUGAAAUACCAGUAAUAAGGCUUUUAUAAAACAUACAUUAAAAAAUAUAGAUUGUCGUCGUGUUUUCCCCAUUUUAUUGGUAACAUGCUCUUGAGCGUAUCUCAAAGCUUUGGAUUAUAUGUACAAUUGGAAUCUUUUAAAUGUUAAAUGUGGGGUUAGGCCAUUAUUUCAGUAUAUGGAAUCCUGAUUCUGCUGUCAACGUGUUAGCCAUCCCUCCUGGCUUUGUCAGUAGCAAAUGUGGGAGGCUUGCCUUCUGAGUGUUUAUGCAGAUCAUGGAGGACGAAAACGUGGCACAUGGCAGGAUCACGAGCAGACCCCUGUGAUGCACCAUUGGCGGCUCCUUCCUUCCUUCAGCCAGCAGUCCCGAAUGCGGAGCCGCAUCCCAGCCAUCGGAUGAGCUGGUUGGAGCUCCUGCUCUGUUCCCUGCUGCCUCAGUCACCUUUGGCAAGCCACAAUGAAAGACGGAAUACAUUUCUACACCCAGUGACUGGCCAGGUCCCAGAGGAAAACAAAAAAUUUGACUUGAAAAUACCGUCUUUGGACAUGUCCAAUAAAGCAGGUGGGAGACGCCCGGCUACCACCAGCAGUGACGGAUCCAACCACAACAUGGUGUCCGAGGUCCCUCCAGAGCGGCCCAGCGUCCGGGCUACCCGAGCAUCGCGCAAGGCCGUCGCCUUCGGCAAGCGCUCGCACUCCAUGAAGCGGAACCCCGGUGCCCCUGUCACCAAGGCAGGCUGGCUCUUCAAACAGGCCAGCUCCGGAGUCAAGCAGUGGAACAAGCGCUGGUUCGUCCUGGUCGAUCGCUGCCUCUUCUACUAUAAAGAUGAGAAGGAAGAGAGCAUCCUGGGCAGCAUCCCCCUCCUGAGCUUCCGAGUGGCCGCUGUGCAGCCCUCAGACAACAUCAGCCGGAAACACACCUUUAAGGUGACUGUGUGCUGGGUGCAGGAGGCUGGGGCCAGUUCCACGCAAUGCGUCUCCCCACAGGCCGAGCACGCCGGGGUCCGCACCUAUUUCUUCAGUGCCGAGAGCCCUGAGGAGCAGGAGGCCUGGAUCCAGGCCAUGGGGGAGGCUGCCCGAGUACAGAUCCCCCCGGCCCAGAAGUCGGUGCCCCAAGCUGCACGUCACAACCAUGAGAAGCCAGACUCAGAGAACAUCCCACCCAGCAAACACCACCACCAGCCACCCCUCAACUGCCUCCCCAAGCCUGAACCGGAGCCCAAGACUCGAGGGGAGGGUGACGGCCGAGGCUGUGAAAAGGCAGAGAGGAGGUCGGAGAGGCCCGAUGUCAAGAGUGAGCCUCUGGUGAAAGCCAACGGCCUCCAGCCUGGACCGGAGCCAGCCUCAGAGCCAGGCAGCCCCUACCCUGAGGGCCCAAGGGUCCAAGGGGGUGGGGAGCGGCACACCCAGCCCAAUGGCUGGCAGCUCAGCUCCCCAAGCCGGCCAGGGAGCACAGCUUUCCCGCCUCAGGACUCAGAGAGUGGGGGACAGCGGCAGAGCUUCCCCUCACGUGCCAACCCCGACAAAAUCGCCCAGCGCAAGAGCUCCAUGAACCAGCUUCAGCAGUGGGUGAACCUGCGCCGAGGGGUGCCCCCACCUGAGGACCUUCGGAGCCCCUCUAGGUUCUACCCUGUGACCCGCAGGGUCCCCGAGUAUUAUGGCCCCUACUCCUCCCAAUACCCUGACGAUUACCAGUACUACCCACCGGGGGUGCGGCCGGACAGCAUCUGCUCAAUGCCAGCCUACGAUCGGAUCAGCCCGCCCUGGGCCCUGGAGGACAAGCGCCACUCCUUCCGCAAUGGAGGUGGCCCCGCCUUCCAGCUGCGCGAGUGGAAGGAGCCCGCCGGCUAUGGGCGGCAGGACAGCACUGUUUGGAUCCCCAGCCCUUCCCGGCAGCCAGUCUAUUAUGAUGAGCUGGAUGCCACCUCUGGCUCCCUGCGCCACCUGUCCUUGCAGCCCCGUUCCCACUCUGUGCCCCGCUCUCCUGGCCAGGGCUCCUGCAACCGUGCCCGCAUUUACUCCCCCGUCCGCUCACCCAGUGCCCGUUUUGAGCGACUGCCACCUCGCAGUGAGGACAUCUAUGCUGACCCCGCUGCCUAUGUGAUGAGGCGAUCCAUCAGCUCCCCCAAGUAUGAUUACCUGGGAGACAGGCGGCCAGUCCCUGCAGGACUGUUCCCCUACAACUACCCGCCAUCCCCCACGGUCCACGAUAAGAUGGACGAACUUUUAGACCUUCAGUUGCAAAGAAACCUAGAGUAUUUGGAUCAGCAGAUGAGUGAGAGCGAGACUCUCAUCAGUAUGGUGAACCGCAUGGUGGAAAACUCCUCCCCCAGGGCCCAGCUCUUCAUGCAAGUCCCUCCGUGCCCAGAAGUGUUCCGGGACAGCCUCCACACCUACAAGUUAAAUGAGCAAGACACAGACAAGCUGCUGGGCAAAUUAUGUGAGCAGAACAAGGUGGUGAGGGAGCAGGACCGGCUGGUGCAGCAACUCCGAGCUGAGAAGGAAAGCCUGGAAAGUGCCUUGAUGGGGACCCACCAGGAACUGGAGAUGUUUGGGAGCCAGCCUGCAUACCCGGAGAAGCUGCUGCACAAGAAGGAAGCGCUGCAGAAUCAGCUCAUCAACAUCCGGGUGGAACUGUCUCAGGCGACCACGGCCCUGACGAACAGCACUGUGGAGUAUGAGAACCUCGAGUCGGAGGUCUCUGCCCUGCACGACGACCUCUGGGAGCAGCUCAAUCUGGACAUCCAGAAUGAGGUGCUCAACCGGCAAAUCCAGAAGGAGAUCUGGAGGGUACAGGAUGUGCUGGAGGGGCUGCGGAAGAAUAACCCGUCCCGGGGCACAGACACGGCCAAGCACAGAGGAGGCCUCGGCCCCUCUGCAACCUGCAGCUCCAACAGCCCCGCCAGCCCCCUCAGCUCCGCCAGCCUCACCAGCCCCCUGAGCCCCUUCUCACUGGUGUCUGGCUCUCAGGGGUCCCCCACCAAGCCUGGGUCCAGUGAGGAACCUGGCCCGCCACGGCCUCCCCUCCCCAAAGCCUACGUCCCCCUGGAGUCUCCUCCUACCGUGCCUCCACUCCCUAGUGAGAGCCGCUUCUGGCCAUACCCCAACUCCCCUUCCUGGCACCACAGUGGCGAGACAGCCAGGGGUCAGCCCAAAGCAAGCUAUGAGCAAAACAAGAAAGACCCCCACCAGACAUCAACCCUGGACCCUUCUGGAGACAUCAGCCUUGUGCCCACCAGGCAAGAGGUGGAGGCAGAGAAGCAGGCAGCUCUCAACAAAGUUGGCAUUGUGCCUCCGCGGACAAAGUCACCCACUGAUGAAGAGGUGACCCCUUCAAGGGUGGUGAAGAGGAGUGCCAGUGGGCUCACUAAUGGACUCACCCCCCGACAGGAGCGCCCCAAGAGUGCUGUGUUCCCUGGCGAGGGCAAGGUCAAGAUGAGCGUGGAGGAGCAGAUUGACCGCAUGCGGCGGCACCAGAGCGGCUCGGUGAAGGAGAAGCGGAGGAGCCUGCAGCUCCCGGCCAGCCCGGCCCCCGACCCCACUGCUCGGCCCGCCUACAAAGUGGUGCGCCGUCACCGCAGCAUCCAUGAGGUGGACAUCUCCAACCUGGAGGCAGCCCUGCGGGCAGAGGAGCCUGGUGGGCAGGCCUACGAGACACCGCGGGAGGAAAUCGCCCGGCUUCGCAAAAUGGAGCUGGAGCCGCAGCACUAUGAAGUGGACAUCAAUAAGGAGCUCUCCACCCCAGACAAAGUCCUCAUCCCCGAACGGUACAUUGACCUGGAGCCUGACACCCCCCUGAGCCCUGAAGAGCUGAAGGAGAAGCAGAAGAAGGUGGAAAGGAUCAAGACACUCAUUGCCAAGUCCAGUAUGCAGAACGUGGUGCCCAUCGGCGAGGGGGACCUUGUGGACGUGCCCCAGGACUCAGAGAGCCAGCUCCAGGAGCAGGAAAAGCGGAUUGAAAUCUCCUGUGCCCUGGCGACCGAGGCCUCCCGCAGGGGCCGCAUGCUGUCUGUGCAAUGUGCCACCCCCAGCCCUCCCACCUCCCCUGCUUCCCCGACUCCACCAGCCAACCCCCCAUCGUCUGAAUCCCCACGGGGCGCCGACAGCAGCCAUACCAUGCGGGUCUGAGCUCUGACUGCAAGCCCUGGCUGAGGCCAACGCUGUGAAGCUCCACAGAGCCACGUUCUGAAGCCCUCUUCUGCCCACCUGAGGUUCUGGUUCCCACUCUGGCCCCCUCCCCCUGUGCUCCCUUGGGAAUGCCACAGGGAGCCGGGCUGGGGGCCAGCGGUUGCUGCGUAGAGGAGCACGGAUCCCUCAGUGUCCACACACCCACCACACCCGGCCUGGAGCCCUCACUACUCAGACGGUGGUCCUGGGCUAGGGCCUGAGAUGGCGGGUAGGGAGCAACGUCCUCUCUAGUACCCAAGUCACAAGGAGCCUGGGUUUGGCUCUGGCUGGGCCUGUGGUGGCCCCACUGGAACAUUCCCUGAUGGAGAAGAUGCCGUGGUGAGGAACACGCCCUGGGCUAUCUUAGGUUGGGACUAGAGGUGAAGAGAAGAUGGACACUCGGCCUCUUCUGGCCCUUCUUGACACCGAGGACAGCACCUGCCUUCAUCCCCUUCCCUUAUCAACCCCACCCCACUACCCUAGCUCUACCCAGGGCUUUGACACAUCUCUGCUAUGGGUGCUCCUUUGGGGUCCAGUGGAGACUGACCACCCUGAUUGAGCCAAAGACAAGAGGACGAGAGAGGGGAGAGGCUCCUCGGCUCCCAGGGGGCAGUGCUGGCUGUGCAUAGAGAGCAGCAGGUCUGUGCAGUGUCCGAGGGGAGGUUGCGAAGGGUAGCAGAGAGAAAGGGAGAGAUCCGAGGAAAGCAGGAAGGAAAGGAAGUAGCGGGACUUAUUUGCAAGCAAGAGGAAGAGGGAGACGGGAAGGGACUAUGGGAUGGGUUUCUCCUGGGUGGAGCCUUAGCUUAGUGCCCAGUCCAGCGCCAGGCUGUCAGCUCUGUGCCUCCUACCUCACCCCCUGCAUCAGCGGGGCCCCAGGAGGCCCUGCCAGUAAGCGCACAGUAGCCUUCACCUGAGGCACUUGGUGUGGGGAUGGGGUGUGGGGUGAAGAAGUUGGGUAGGACAGCCUGGGAGAAAGGUGGGUCUUUGUAGGUCUGGGCCUGGUGUCUGCCCCUGCCUCCUGCGGUCAAGGGCAGAGAGAAGGACCUGUUUUAUGUAGUGUGUGGUCAGCCUUGAGCCUUUCCUAACCAUUUUUGUGAUAUUUCCUUGGCCCCCAUCCUCCUAAGUGUGCUGUGGGCCAGCUGAGAGUGUGCCCCAGGGAGAGGGAAUGUGGCCUUAAUCUGCGAGGCCAGAUUCCAGGACCUGACCCUGCAUGCCAGGCCUCCCAGCUGAGGACCACUGAGGCUGCUGGAGGACUCCCUUCUAGCUUGGCGCUCUCACAAUCCACCUACCCAGGGAGGCCGAUGGAGGAGACACAGAAGCAAAACUCAUUCUUCCUCUGCUCCACCCACCUUGAGACGAAUGUAGCCAGAGAGGAUGGCGGAGAGAGAGACAAGCUGAAAAAAACCUUGGCUCCCAGGCCUUCUCUUUGCCAGAGCAACUGCCUGGAGAUUUCAGCCUUACCUCCUGCAGCCCCUAGAACAACUGCUGUAUCUUCCACCAGUUCUUCUCCACUCCGUCAUGGCUGGGACGGUUACGGGUUCAUAUGCAAGUAAAGAUGACAGUUCAUUCAACAAAUAUUUCUGAAGCACCUUUUAUGUACCAGGCACUGUUCUGGGUGCUUAGGAUAGUCUCAUGCUUCCAAGGGGUUACGGUCUGGGGCUUCCACUUAUCGUCACUUCUAGCAGGUCUUUUGAACAGGACCCUUGGCUACAUUUCCCAUCUUUAGCACAGCAAGUCCCUCAAACCUGUCCUUUCUCCCCCAUAGACUUGCAGGUAGGAUUGGCUCCCAAGUAACCCUCUCCUCUCUUUCCCCACACCUGUCUCCAUCCACAGGAAAUGAAUGUUUCAGGGCCUUCCAAGCCUUCCCCUUUCUUUGUCUCUCCUUUUUUACAUGAUAUUUUUAGAAAUAUAUGUAAAAUGUCUGCUCCUGCCACCUCCCAUCUCCUCUUUCAUAAAGCUGGCUCUUUAUGUUGCUUCACAUGCCUUAAUAUAUGUUGUAUGGAGAUUACACAGAUUGUAGAUGUGUGUGUAAUACGUAAAUGUGUUUGGAUGUCUGAUUUGUUCCUAGAACUCCUGCCCAGGCCUGCUUUCUCUCCUUUACUUUCCAGCCAUUCCUAGCAUGUUGCAGCCAUACUCCAUGCCUUUUGAUCCAAAGAAGGGGAGAGGAAAGACUUAUUUUAAGACAGAUGUAUUUUACGCUUUUGUUAUAAAAGCAAGUCUAUUUUCAAAAUGUACAAUGUCUGAAUGGAAUUGGCAAACGACAUGAGGAGACUGGAGUGGCUGCCUCUAGGUCCAGCUCUAUGCCCUUCCCUCUGCACUGGCAGCUUCCUUCCUCCCGUUCCGUGUCUGCAAAGGGCUGGUUCCCAGAGCUCGCCUGGAGAGCAUCUUGCCAGGGCAGGACAUUCUCUUGGAAGUCCCGGUCUACGGAUUUGAUAACACUGUCAACCCUUGAUGACCCUCUAGAGUCAUGAGAUGUUAAUCCUUUUGAAGGAAAUGUUUACAGUUGUGUGCACAAAAGUACACCCAUGCUGUCACCCCCCCAAGAUGUGCUCCUGCACCCCCUCCCCUCAUCACCCUGAUGGACAGGGCAGACAGUUUAAUGGCAGCCUAUGCUAAACAGCACCAAGAGUUCUACUCCUUCAUGGACCCAGGAUACGGUGCAAAGGCCAAUAGAAAUGGUUUGGGAUCGUGGGUCCUUAAGUGCAAAUGUGUUCGAAUUCCAGGACUUCUCACACUCCUUUCCACUUGAUUCUCUUUUGUCUGGGUCACACCUAUGGCAUCCGUCUCGCUCUGUGACCUUUCCUCUGGGGGCUGUUGUUAUAGGGAUGACCUUGGUCUGGCAUCCAGACUGCAAAGUCAGCUUCUGGGCUAAGGAGGGUCCCAUGGACAGUGUAGCAUCUCAGCCUUGCCCAAGAAACCCCCAGGACUUUCCUCUGGCAGGCUGCCUGCUGUUGGGGUGCUGAAGUAAACCAGCUCAGCCUUCCAGACUGCUCGUCAAUUGUGACGUGGGCAAGGGGCUUUUGCCUUGCGAGGAUUUGGGCAGAUUGGAAGUCUUUUGUCCAGAUCUGGAGUCAGAGGUUUCAGAAUCUUGCCCAGAGCUCCUAGCCAGCAUUUGAAGGCUGAUCUCCCAACUUUGGCGUUUAUUGGUGCCCUAUUCCCAGCCUAGAGCAUCUUACUAUGAAUGAAUGGGGCCCAGAUGGAGGCCCAGGGCUAAGUAAUCCACCUGGGGACAGCCGUGGGUACUAAUCUAGGGCCUUCCCAAUUAGCACAUUACCCCCCUGACCAAUAACCGAGAGGCUGUAAUCAAAUAUUGCUGCUGUCACUUUAAAGAUUCUCUGAGGUCGGAGCUGAGCACGCUUGCUGUCCUGCCUGGGUGAGAGGCAUGUUCCCGGGCAGGGCUGCCUGUGGCUCAGUGGGGUCGGCUCCCCGUUAGGUCCCCACCAGGCAGCUCUUAAAACUAAGGGAAAAUAUGAAAUAUACAUACAUAUAUAUAUAUAUAUAUAUAUACACACACAUAUCUAUUUAUGCACAUAUUGGGGCCAACUUGAUUUGCUAGUAUUAGACAAUAAACCAUACAAGGAAAUGUAUGAUUUCAGUGUCUUUAUUUAGUAUAAAAGUGACCUUAGAAGAAGAGUUAAGUUAGGUAAACAGAGGGCCUCUGUGUCAGGGGACCACGCAGCUCCAGCAGCCCCUUGGCAUCCUUCUUGCCCACGAGCCUCCCAGGGGGCGUCGUACCUGACAGGUGAGAGUGCACAGCCCCUCUCGGCAGCAUCCUUUCCAGGUCUAGGAACUGAAGAAUCCCAGUGAGCUCUGCGUUUGUAUCUUGCAAGUUUGUAUAAACCCAAUACAGGAAAUAAAAUGAAUGGUUUGUAA